AUGUAAAGGCCACAGAUAAGCAUUACACUAAAACAAAUACGACAUAGCGUGACGACACUGUCACAGUGUAUACUGUACAUGAGGAAUUACGUGUAAACAAGGGCUUUAUAUAGGAUAUUGUGCAUGGUCAAAAUGACAAAACUAUGGUUAUUCUUAAAUGUUUUAUUUAGUAUCGCGUGGCCCGAAGGUUGGGCAGAGAAAGUCCUUGGCACGGAGACGGAAGAGUUUGACUUUGACGGGCUUCCAGGGGCACAGCACGAGUUUAAGAUUGAAGUGGGGGCCGGUAGGGAGGAAUGUUUUUAUCAAAAGAUAGUAGCCGGUGGAAAACUUCAUAUAUCUUUUGAGGUGUUAAGGGGAGGGGACCAAAGCCUUGACUUCUAUAUCAAAGGGAUUUCCGGUCAAGUUUUACAGGAAGCUCGGACCCGACCACGCUGGAUCACUGAGAUUGACACAAACCAGCACGCGGAAGGACGGCCGAUGACGCAAGAAGAGAUAGAUGGCGUUUGGCAGCCACCUAUAUAUAGAGGUCCAUAUGCGAUAUGUUUAGACAAUUCCAUGUCUCGUAUGGCCUCCAAACUAGUGUAUGUGUUUCUAGUGACAUACGUGGAGGAGGAAUGGUCCCGUUACAGACAGGAAAUAGAAGAUGUUGAACUCACUGUCUCAAAUUUUUCGGCGUCCAUCCAGACUGUCCAAGAGUCCGUAAAAGAAACUCUAGUCCAUCAGGCGCAGAGCAGAAUGCAUAUAAUAAAAGACUGGUAUUUAAUAACUGGAAAUAAUACCUACAUCCAGAGAUGGUCCAUUUGCCAGUGUAUCGUUGUAAUGAUGUGUUCAGGAAUUCAGGUGUAUUUUGUACGAAGACUUUUUAGAGGCACCAAUGUCACACCUACUUCAAAACCUAGAGCUUAGAAAAUGUCUUAUUGCAAAUAAAAUGUAAAUGAGUAAA